AUGUCCAAAACUAUACGAAAAUGCACCUUAACUCUGAAAGCAUCCUUGCCAACUCCGUCUUUGCUUGAAUUGCGUGCUUUUCAUGCGACACUGGGCGUGGAAGUGCAUCCGCUGAUAUUUCACACGAAUAGGGGCCAAAUUCGAUUCAACGUCUGGGAUACUGCGGGCCAGGAGAAGUUUGGUGGACUACGCGAUGGCUACUACAUCCAGGGUAUGUUUACAGCCUUUAACUGA